AUGGGCAGAGUUUAGUCUAGCAUGAGACAGCGGAGGGUGAGCACCCUAGUUUUCACACACUAAAGGUGCUGAGGGGAAAAGCACUAACACAGAACAUCACGGAGGAAGACACCAUCACACACGUGGCAUGUUCAAGACUAGGUACCGGCACGAGGUGCGCAAGGACAAGUACGAGCGCUCCAAUGUCUUCGAGGAGCCCAGCAGUCCGGAGACGGAGCCUGCUCCCACCAGUGGACCCUCUGCAGCGGCUGCACCGGGCUGGGACAGCCUGCAACAGCUGAACAGCCGCUUUGCACGUUACAUAAACCGGGCUCGUGUGCUGGAGCAGCAGAAUGCUGUGUUCCAUAAGCAGCUGGAGACCUUGCAGCGCAUGGAGGAGGCGCCCGGACUAGAGGAAGCCUUCAACGAGCAGAUCAGCAUCAACCAACAGCGCAUUCAAGAACUGCUGUCUGAUCGCGCAAAGCUGGAGAGAGAGCUCAAAGAUGCUGAACGCAUGCUGGAUGAGUACAACAGCAGAUACAGAAAUGAAUGUGAAUAUCAGGAGCAGCUGCGAUGCAAGCUGGAACAACUCAAUAAGGAGGCCGACACAGUGCUUUUGAGGAACCUUGAGUAUCAAAUCCAGCUGCAGUUCCUUCAAGAUGAUGUCAAUGCUACCAAAGAGAGGCACAAAAAGAAUCUUGCUGAGAUCCAGACCUAUCUCAACAUCCUGCAGCAGAUCAACCAGACUAUUCCCCUCAUGGCAAACAUGUCUGUCUCAGAGGAGCAGGAGAGAUUGAUUGCCCAGAGGUGUGUGCCUGCCCUGAGGAGUCAGCUGGAGGAGUAUAAGAGUGCCAUCUGCCAGCUACAGGCACAAAAACAGCGUUUGCAGACAGAGACAUCAGUGUUGGAACAGACUAUCAAAACCACACAGGAGAGCUAUGACGAUGAGAUCCAGCUGCACAACGAACAGAUCGAGACUCUCAGGAAGGAGAUUGAAGAGGCCGAGAGGUCACUCGAGAAGUACACCAACGAGUGUCGACAGCUGGCCAUAUACCAGACCUCACUGGAAAACGAACUCGAGAGAUACAAGCGGAUCAUUGAGAACGAAGAUAACAGAUUGAAUUCAGCGAUAAUUGGCACACCCAUCACCCUGUUUACCACCAAUUAUAAAUGCACCCAUAGUCCAACCAUGAGCAGAAAAGGAAAAGAUAUUACCCAAGCUAUCCAAGAUAUCACCAACGUAAAGCCUCGUCAGAAGAACUUGUCUAAGAACGUGUUUAAAAAGAAGGAGAUCACUUCCAAAGGGCCACUAGAAGGUGGACUGAAGGAGAGGGCUGCUGAGGAGUUCGAGGAGGAGGAGAAAGUACGGGUCAUAGAGGAGCAAGGUGCAAGAAAAGAGGAGCAUAGUCCUCGAGAGGAUGUGCCCGAUGGUGCCCAGAUCAGCAAGGCCUUUGACACACUCUGUAAACUCAUACAAGACCGCAUGAGGAGGGUUAAGAGACCAGAGCCCAUCGCUGACUUCUUCACCAAAGGGCGCUACGUACUGGUAAUGGGUGACUCUAACUACUUGGACCCCUGCUUUUUAUCUACCACUCCUUCCGCCAGUCACGUCUUCGUUUCAUUCCGAGAUGGCAUGAUGCCCUAUAAUCCUCAUUGGAGCAGUACGCCCUCACCUCCCCACAGUCCCCCAUCUGGACCAAUGCCCCUAACCCCUUCCUCACCUUCAGAUGAUCCAGAACCAGGAAAUGGAAAAGAGUAUGGAAAUAGUGAUAGGGAAAGGUCCAAAAAUGGAGAGCCUCAUCCAAAGGCCAAAGAACCACAACCAAGCCCUAGUCCACCAUCAGGUCCUCAUGACGACAAGGGUCCCAGCCCUGCUCCAGGCCCCAGGCAGCCAUCACCCCAACGUGGCAGCAAGAGCAAGGCCUCAGAGGAUCCCAACAACUUCCGAGGGCCUCCACCCAUGCCAUCACACAGUUCCAUCCCACCUGACUCAAUGAGCUAUGAGAAGGUAGAAGUAGUGGAGUCUGUGGAGAAGCUCUCAUCUGACAAAAGAGUGAAGGGCUAUGAAGAGACAACUACAGUGGUUGAGACCAUGAUCGAGAAGACCAGCAGAAAGAAACACACUGAUAGAUCUUCUUGAGCAGCACCUGCCACGAAGCAGUUAUGCAUGUUUUAGCAUUCCUGCCUUGGACCUGCUCUAGUUUUGCCUUCUGCCUGCCAUUGAUGAGAUUCCUAGAGCACCAUUGCCUUUGGCCUUUACUGUUUGAAAACUUGGGAAGCCAAUAAAGAAAAUCCCCAUCUUCCCCCUCACACAAGUAGAUAUUUUGACAAAAUUCUAAACAUAUAGUGCCAGUUUUAUUUGGAGUCACACAGCUACUUCAAUUGGCGUUAUCACCCUCUAUCGCCCUUUCUUUUCAGGUCAAACUACAGCAAAUCUUCAGAUUUAUUUUCUAUAAUUUUGUUCAAUUAGGAUUACAGCAUUGCCCACUAGUCUUGAUGUGUAUU